AUACCCACAACCCAAGCCCGAUUUCCCAACCCGCUCGGCACUUGCCCGGACUCCGGUCUCAAAUCCGGAGCGCCGGCGCACUUUUUCCGGACUACCGGCAAUCCGAUUAACUUAGUAUUCAUCUAAUUCUAUUUUUGCUCUUGCUUUUUAUUUAUUUAACGGAUUUCGUUCAGUCAACUGCUAGUAAUUUUCCCCAAUUAUAGCAAAAAAAAUUACUGGGGGGAUGGAAGACGGAGCUAUGAAGGAACGGCACCGGCUUGAAGUUAAGCUGGAGCUCGAUUUAAAUUUGAACAUUAGCCCGGAGCGGCACCGUUUGGACGAAGAAGACAAGCUUCCGGGUCGGGAUCAGGCAGAGGAAGCCGUCAAUUCGACAAAUUUCCCGGCUGCGGCUGAGCAAUUGGUAAAGCAGGAGAAUUUGAAAGAUUUGUCUCUGCCGGAGAAGAAGCGUAAGAGAGGAAGGCCAUCCAAGAGUAGUAGAAGUGAGGCAGAUUUUCCUCCAGUUACUGGGUAUUUGGAGGAAGAGGUGGAGAUUGAGAAAGUUCCCUCUUUGCAGCCACAGAAGCCUCCUCCGAGAAGAGGACGGCCGCGGGUGAAGAAUCUAGCUGAGAAGGAUGGAGCUUCCAGAGGAAAAGGGAUUUCUGGGGUGCCAGUGGAAAGUGGGGUUGUUAGGGAGGGACAAAGUCUGGGCAUUUCUUGGUCGGGAAACCAAGUACGAUGUGGGGAUGAUAUUGCUACUCCCGUGGAAAUGGGAGAGAUGCAGAAGCCUCAGCGUAAAAGAGGAAGGCCUAGAAAAAGUAAAAAUCAAACUGAAAGUGGUGGUGCUGAUGAAGGGAAAGACUCUGCUGAUAAAUGUUUGGAUUCUAGGAAGGAUUUGGAGAGUGGAAGCGAAGCGGGGAAUGAAGGCACUACUGAGAAUAAGAGCACUAAUAAAAGGUCAAGAAGAGAUCAAGAUAGAGGGAAUAGAGAAGAUGAUCAAGCUAAGGGAAAAGUGGGUAAUGAGGAGAAGAACAACACAUGUCACCAAUGUAAGAGAAAUGAUAAAGGAAGGGUUGUUCAUUGUACCAGCUGCAAAACAAAGAGAUACUGUUUAUUGUGCAUCACUAGAUGGUACCCUGGUAUGCCAGAGGAGGCUUUUGCAGAAAAAUGCCCUGUUUGUCGCCGGAACUGCAAUUGCAAAGCAUGCUUGAGAUUGGAUGGGCCACGGAAGCAAAUGAAGGAAUCAAAAUUUGUAGUUAGCGCAGAGGAGAGGGUUCGUUACUCCAAAUAUAUCUUGCUAGUUCUUCUUCCUUUCUUGAGACAAAUUAAUGCGGAUCAAAUGAUGGAGAGAGAGGUUGAAGCCAAAAUUCAAGGCGUAACACUUUCAGAGUCACAUAUACAAAGAGUCAUUUGCGACGAGAAGGAGCGGAUGUAUUGCAACAAUUGCAGCACAUCAAUUUUUGAUUUUCAUAGAAGCUGUUCAAAGUGCUCAUUUGAUCUUUGCCUAACCUGCUGCAAAGAGAUGAGGAAUGGCCACCUACAGGGGAGUGAAAAAGUAGUUGUCCAAUACCAUAACAAUGGGAUAGAGUACCUGCAUGGAAUCACUAAUAGCAAACCUGCUAGAAAACCUGGUAGUAAAGGAAGGCCCAAAAAGGCUGAUAAAAAACCUGCUGCCGUAGACUUUGAGUUAAAAUCAUUUCAAGAAGAUAUUGAGUUAAAAUCUGAACUGAAGCCCCAUGAUACUGAUAAAAAAACUGCCAUUGAAGAAGUUGAGUUAGAAUCUGAAGUGAAACCCAGUGGUACUAAUAAAAAGCCUAAAACUGAAGACGAAUCCUCUGAUACUGAUAAAAAAAAUGCCAUUGAAGAAAUUGAUUUGAAAUCUGAAGUGGAACGAGGUGAUAUUGAUCAAUCGUGUUGUCUACCAAAGACCGUUGAUGAUUGCCGUAAUGAAUGGAGAUGUGGUGAAACUGGUGACAUUCCUUGUCCACCAGAGAAUAUUGGUGGUUGCAAUGAGGGAACUUUAGUAUUAAAACACAUAAUGGAGAAGAAUUUUGUUUCAGAACUGCUGGCUGAAGCAGAAGAAAUGGCAGAAGCUUGCAGGUUGGACGAAUCGUCUGGAAUUUCACAGACACGGUGCUCUUGUUUGAGAUCUUUUGACAAGAAUGAACCCAAUAACAAUGUAUGCAAGGCGGCAUCUAGGGAGGAUUCUACUGACAAUUAUCUGUACUGUCCUAAAGCUAAAGAUAUUCUGCAUAAGGAUAUGGAUCAUUUUCAAUGGCAUUGGCGUAAUGGAGAGCCUAUAGUUGUCAGUAAUGUUCUGGAAACUACUUCAGGAUUGAGUUGGGAACCACAGGUUAUGCAACGUGCCUUCCGCCAGAAAAGUAGUCAACAUCAUAAGAAGCUUCUAGAUGUUAUUGCUGUUAACUGCUUGGAUUGGUGCGAGGUUAAAAUUAAUAUCGCUAAAUUUUUUAAAGGAUAUAUGGAAGGUCUAUUUGACAUAUAUUAUUGGCCUCAAAUCCUCAAGUUGAAAGAUUGGCCUCCAUCCAGUCUAUUUCAUGAUAUGCUGCCUCGUCAUGCUGCUGAGUUUGAAAACUGUCUUCCCUUCAAAGCAUACACAAGCCCUAAAAGUGGGUACUUAAAUCUUGCCACGAAGUUGCCAGCCAAGUCUUUGAAACCAGAUAUGGGACCAAAGACAUAUAUUGCUUAUGGAGUUCAACAAGAACUGGGCCGUGGAGACUCUGUAACAAAGCUACAUUGUGAUAUGUCAGAUGCGGUUAAUGUGUUGACACAUACUCAUAGAGUAAAGUUACAACAGAAAGAACUCUCUGUUAUACAAAAGUUGAAAGAGCAGCACACUGCUCAGGAUCUGCAGGAACUGCAAAAAAGUGAAGAUGCAGUGAAUGGCGAAUUCCCUUCGCAUGGUUCAAUUAAAAAAGAAAAGUCUGCCGCUUCCAUGGACUUAGAGGUAGUUGGUAACAUUGAGGGAGUAUCAAGUGGUAUGACUUGCACUCCAGACGUAGUUGCAAAUAGUGCUGGGGAGGAUUGUAGAAGUAUGAUCGUUAACUGCAAUGUGCAAUCAAGUACUAGUAAUAAUGACUCUGAAGCAUUUGAAGAUCAAGAUACUGAUGGUGGUGCGCUAUGGGAUAUCUUUAGGAGGGAAGAUGUUCCAAAUUUGGAAAAUUAUCUGAGGAAGCACUUCAAGGAGUUCAGGCACAUUCAUUGUUACCCAUUGCCACAGGCUGCUGGAGUGGUUUUUUAGAUUUCUUCAUCUCAUUACAUGCUGUAUUUACUUUUUAUCUUUACCUUCUUUCAACCACUUAGGUUGUUCACCCCAUACAUGAUGAAACGUUUUACUUGACUGUUGAGCAUAAAAGGAGGCUAAAGGAAGAAUACGGGAUUGAACCGUGGACUUUCAUUCAGAAGUUAGGAGAUGCUGUCUUCAUACCAGCUGGCUGCCCUCAUCAAGUUAGAAAUUUAAAGUCAUGCAUAAAAGUUGCUGUUGACUUUGUUUCUCCUGAAAGUAUUCCUGAAUGCAUUAGGUUGACUGAAGAAUUCCGCACUCUUCCUCAAAAUCACAGGGCCAAGGAAGAUAAACUCGAGGUAAAGAAAAUGAUCAUAUAUGCAGUGAACAAAGCUCUAGAGGAUCUUAAGGAAGAAACUUUGCAGGUUGACAGGGAAGGGAGAUAAAGAAGUUAGGGUCAAAAUGGUAAAUGGAAGCGUCAAAUUAAAGAGGACCGUGCCGUGCUAGGGGCACCCUAUCAAUUGCCCCACGCACCUUCUCAUAGACAUUCACAGACACAAUCGCUAUUGUUCAAUGUUGUGUAAGAAGGUUGGAACGAAACGUGGGUGGGAGUAGAGGUGGUUUUUGCAUUUUCUAAUUAAAGGGGAGUUGUGUAUAUAACUAUCUUGUCUAACACCUAACACUUGUGUUUUAACACUUACCAUUUGGAUGUUAUUUACGUCACUUUUUCUCUCAGACACACACAUGCUAACGGACCACUAACACCGCCAUCGCUUUUUUGGAGCGCUUCUGAUACUCCAUAAAGGUUUCUACCCCCU